UGCUGAAGCAUUAAAUCCUACGAUAAAUCCGAUUGCUCAAGAUGAAUUCAUGGUAUUGGAAGAAACAAAUAUUGACGAUGAUAUCCUUUCUAAGAGGAAGGGUCGAGGGAAAGCGAGAGGGUUUGAAGUUAAAAGACGAACCAAGGAUGGUUCCAAAAUUGGUGGAGUUAUGAUCACAAAAAGGAAUAAUUUACCAGUAGGUCCUUCGGAAAAAACGUUCAAAAUGGAAAUUGGUGUUCUCACUCGAUUAAUGGCACCGCUAGGUGUAUUUUAUUGGUCUGAUGUAACUGAAGAAAACAAAAAAGCCAUGAUUACAACUCUUCAGAAUGAAUUUGAGGUUGAUUUAAGUGAUUUACAUGCCAAAAAAGUUGUAUAUGGGAUGAUGGCUAGACGAUUUUUAAAUUAUAAGUAUCGUUGCCACUUGCACUAUAAAGGAUUUCCUACUCGAGAUGCAGCUGAAAAGAAUCCACCCGAAGAUGUUAAAAUAGACGAUUGGAAGAAACUUUGUGAGCACUUUGUUGAAAACGAAAGAUUUAAGGCUCAAAGUGCUGCAAAUGUUCUUAAUCGAAAAAAAUUGGAUGUUCCUCACACUUCGGGGUCAAAGUCCUACUGCCAACGCUUGUAUGAAAUGGAAACAUCUGAAGCUAUAGAUGAAGAACCGCCUGAAAUGAGACUCUAUUCUCAAGCACAUCAUAAAAGAGAUGGUUCAUGGAUUCACCCACAAGCUGAAGAAAAAUACGUAAGAUGUUUUUUUUAUAUAUAAAAUUAUCUAAAUGGCAUCUUAUAUAAUUUUACUAAAAUAUGCGACAAUACUUAGAUAAAAAUGGAAGUUAUUCGUUCACAAGCACUUGAGGGAGGCGUUGGCGUAGAUGGAAAAAACAUUCUUGAAAAAGUAUUGGAUAAACCAAAGUCCGGUUAUCCUCGUGGACUUGGAUAUGGGACAAAAAGGAUAACAACCAGAGAGUUAGAGUUUGAAGUUCGUUUACAUACUGAA